AUGAAACUCUACGAUGCGGUAGUGCUGCCUUCGAUUCUGUAUGGCUCUGAAGUUUGGGGUCUUGGUUGUGCUGACGUUUUGGAAAGAGCACAGUUGUAUUUUCUGAAACGUGUUCUUCUGUUGAAUGUCACAUCACCGAGUUGGGCGGUACGUUUGGAAUUGGGCAGAUUGAGGCUCAGUCACAUUCUAUUGAAGAGAACUUUUGGUUUUCUUUUAAGGGUCCUACAGAUGUCUGAGUGUAGAUACCCUAAACUCUGUUUCUCGGUGUUGUUGGACUGUGCACUGGAGCAGAACAAUAUACAUGGAGCCUCGGGAUGGUUGUCUCAUCUCCAGAAAAAGUGCGGUGAUCAGGGUAUCGUAAUUGCAUGGGGAGAUAGAGCUGACCUUUUUCACAGGUUGAAGGCUGUACAGGGAAUCUUGUUCAGUAAUCACGCAGAUAGUUUGUAUGCGGAAGAUGUAGGAGCAGCACUCAGCUCUAUGAAUUGCCCUCACUAUAGAGAGUUAAAUCCCAAUUUCAAGAUGGGUGAGCAGCUUGGAUUCCAAAUGCCCAUUGUCAAAGUCCGUUGUAUCACUCAAUUGCGAAUGGCCACUAAUGUGAUCAUUUACUUGAGCGUGCUCGGUGCUGCUGGUUGGAAGCGCGAAUAUGUGUUUGAGAGGUACAAUGAUCCACGCACAUCGCUGUAUAUAACCAUGGUUCGGACAUUUGUUUUGGAAUGUGUAGUUGUAGCUGUACUUGUGAUAUUCUGGUUAGGAAGGAGCUCUUCAAAGUGCUGGGAAACUUCACUGGGUCAAGCUGUCUAUAGGCUAAUUCUUAUGGAUUUCUUACUCAGUGGAGUAGCUUUAACAUGUGUCGAAUUUCUACGUAGUAUUCUUCAAAGGCAUAUUUGCAAGGAACUGCUUCUAGCGGCUGAAUUCGAUAUAGCCAGAAACACAUUAAAUCUAAUUUACAACCAAACAUUGUUCUGGGUCGGCUUCUAUUUCAGUCCACCAUUAUCAUUAGUAAUAGUACUCAAACUGUUCUUGAGUUUUCAUGUGAAAAAGGUCAGUCUAUUGUAUAAUUGUGCUCCUUCAUCAAGUAGUAACUGGAGAUCGGCUCAAGCUCAAACGCUAUUUUUGGUUUUAUCUUUUAUAUCACUGUUGGCUGUUCUAAUGAAUCUUGGCUACAUCAUUACUUCAGUGAAAACAUCAGACUGCGGUCCGUUGAAAGGAUCUGUUUACAUGUAUGAAAGGAUUCUAGAGGGCGUUUUUCAACUACGUCAUGGCAAUGACUUUUGGGCAUUCAUAAUGUUUCUUAGAAAACCGGGAGUAGUUGCUGGUUUACUUUUAUCUAUGUGCGGUGGCGUUUAUUAUCUUCGAGAGAAAUCGUUGGCACAAAUGAAAAUGGUUGAAAUUCUGCGAGGCAUGUUGGUGGCGGAGUCCAAGGACAAGGAGUUUCUGCUGACGCAGAUCUCGUUGCUGACGGGCGGUCGCAAGUCGAGACCCGGCAGUCAGCCGCAACAACGCAAGACGCCAAUGCCAUCGCCUGGUUUCUUCAUCCAACAUCAAAAUAGUUUUAGACAAUGAAGCCAUUUUAUAACUAAUAGUGAUUUUCGAAUUCGUAAUAGUUUUACAAUUUUAUAGCUGUUAACAACGAAUCUCGUAUUGCCAAAGCUUUUAGUUAGUGAUCUAACUCAUUGAUUUCAAUUGUGCUUAAAACUUAGAACUUUGUAACUUUAGACGUUUUCAAUAAUAAUAUAGCUAGUGAGAAAUUUUAUAUUUUAUAACUAAAAGUAGCCUAGCUGAACUUCUUAUACAACUUACUAUGUAUUCAGAAAAGUAUAUUCUUCUCAUGUUGUAACAUCUUCAUUCAACUUGAUCUUGACAUAAUUUUUAUAUUAGGAUAAAAAGAAGUAAUAAUCUCAUGACAUUCAUUGAUAUUUUCUCAAACUCGAAGAUCUUGAAAAUGAUCAGUAUUAAACGUACUUUCUUAAAAACUAAUAAUAAAGAAGUUAUUUAUACGGAAUGUGAAUUUAGGAAAAAUAUAUUUAUGAUAAUACGUACUUAGUGUUCUAAAGCAGAUUGACUAGAUUUGCAUUAUUAUAAAUAAUAGUAUUUUCCAUAUUCUUUUAGUUUUUUUGAGACCUCUUUUUUGUUUACUGAAUAAACGUUUUUCCCCUUAGACGAAUUAGCAAAUGAAUUGACUGGGAUGAUCUCUGAUAGCUGGCGUACGGUAUUCUUUUAUAAUAUAUUUUAGAAUUUUUGAAAUGAAACCGUAAUUUAAAUUUGUGCCUUUCAACCUUCUUAAGUUCUAGAUCGGCCAAGAUUGAAAAAUGUGAUAUAA